AUGCUGUCUCAACGGAUCCUAGCCCGGCGUCUGCCCCAGGUGGCUGCCCGCCACGCCAUUGCCCCCCGCGCAUCCUUCUCUCAGGUCGCUGCCCUCCGCGCUUCCGAGUCUGAGGACCCUUUACAGAAUGGUGGCUACCAGAACCCUCCCCGCGUGAAGCGUGCUUUCAGAGACCCCUACGGAGGCUGGUGGGAUGCACAGGAGAAGCGAAACUUCGGCGAGCCUGUCCACGAGGAAAACGAGAUUCUCGGUGUCUUCAGUCCUGAGCAAUAUACCCACGUCUCUGCCGGCAAGGGUUUCCUCCACCUCGGUGCCUUCGUUGUGGCCUUCCUCAGCGUGUGCGGCGUUGUUAGCCUUUACUACCCCGACAAGCCUAGCGUUCCCAAGGCUUAUGAAGAUGGUCUGGAGAAGGAGUUGGGUGGACCGAAUGCUGUGCCGGCUCGCAAAGCUGGCGAGGACAAGUGGUAA